AAUUAAGCAAUCACCUAAUCAUCGGCCAUUGAAAUACUUAUACGAAGAGUACUCGUAUACUUCUUUGGACUAUCACUGAGACACUGACUGAUUCCUAUUCUCUCGCUUCUCUUGUCAGAUGCUACAACUAUCAUACCAAGCGUUUUCAGCAUGAUUGAUGUGGAGGAUGUGGUGCCGCAGCAGGUUCACGGACCGGGAGGAGACGAUGCCGGCGUUUACUAUUCGAUCGACGAGGCGCUUUCUGCGGCGGAGUUUGGGAGAUUCCAGUAUUCGGUGCUUGCAUAUGCAGGGCUGGGAUACCUUAUGGACGCCAUGGAAGUGAUGCUUUUGUCGUUUAUUGGCCCCUCUGUUAAGUCUCUAUGGGGACUAUCCGCCGCCGAGGAAGGCUUAAUCACCACCGUCGUGUUCGCCGGCAUGCUGAUCGGAGCUUAUUCCUGGGGCGUCUUCUCCGAUAAUUUCGGAAGAAGGAAGACUAUGCUGAGCAUAGCAAUUGUGACUACCAUAUUUGCUCUUUUAAGCUCAUUUUCCCCGAAUUAUACAUCCUUGCUCGUUCUUCGUGCAUUGGUUGGUACCGGCCUGGGUGGCGGGUCUGUAUACUUGUGUUGGUUUCUUGAAUUUGUACCUCCAAAAAACCGCGGCAUGUGGAUGGUUAUCUUUUCAACUUUCUGGACAGUUGGGACAAUUCUUGAGGCUAUUUUGGCAUGGGUUGUUAUGCCAGGAUUGGGUUGGAGGUGGUUGCUUGUACUGUCAUCCUUACCAUCUUUUGCAGCAGUUGCCUUUUAUGGGUUUUCGGUAGAAUCUCCUAGGUAUUUAUGUACCAUAGGUAGGAUAAAAGAUGCUCAUAGCAUUUUACAAAGGAUAGCUGAAGUCAAUCAGACAAAACUUCCGGUUGGAAUGCUUGUUUGUGAGCAAAUGACUGUGGUCAAUCAAGAAGCAUUAUUACCCAAGCAAAACAACAGCUAUGCUAGAUAUAAAGCCGGAUUUUCAUCUCUGUUUUCAAUUUUUUCAUCCAGUUUGAUAGGAACUACCCUUCUCAUAUGGGUGCAAUAUUUUGGGAAUGCAUUUCUAUAUUAUGGGGUUGUUCUGAUGACCUCAGAGCUUAGCAGUGACCAAACUAGCUGCAUGUCAACUAUUUCAGACUCAAAUGACGGGUCUAGCCUCUAUAGAGAUGUCUUUUUCACCAGUCUAGCAGAGGUUCCUGGUCUUAUUUUAGCAGCAGUCCUUGUGGACAAAAUAGGUCGAAAAUUCUCAAUGGUGUUUAUGUAUGCAUUGGGCUUCCUAUUUCUUUUACCACUUGUUUUACAGCAGGAUGAAGCUUUAACUACUCUCUUAUUAUCUGGAGCUCGUAUGUGUUUUCUUGGAACAUUCACAAUUACUGUUAUAUAUUGUCCUGAGAUAUAUCCUACCUCCGUCAGGACAACUGGUUCUGGAGUUGCCAACGCUGUUGGACGAAUUGCGGGCAUGAUCUGUCCUAUUGUUGCUGUUCAAUUUAUUUCGGGGUGUGAAAUAAUGGCUGCCAUACUUUUAUUUGAGGUUAUAGCAGUUGUUUCAGGACUUUGUGUUCUGCUUUUCCGGACGGAAACCAAGGGCCAGCAACUUAGUGAUACGGUGGUUGCUUCAUGAACAUUUGUUUCCGACUAUUCAAAAACUGCGUGCUACGCUUCUCAGUAAUAAUCUAAUAAAAUGUAUUCGUGUUUGAUUUGCA